AUGGACGAAGAUCUCAUCGCCAUGAUUGUGGUCAUGGGCCUCUUUGUGACAUUCCCGCUCGGUGUUGUCCUCUUCACUACGGGUUGCGUCGCAUACUCGCGUACCAAGAAAUGGGACAAGGAGCGCAACCUCAAGAGCGUCAAUGCCGAAGCCUCCGAUCCCCUCAUCGACGAAGACUAUGACGACGACUUCCUCGAUACGGAUGACGAGGCCGAAUACACAGCCAAGAAGGUCGAGGAAGAGAACGACAAGACGCUCACCUUCAAGCAGAAGUUCCGCAAGGAGUUCCGCGCCGUCUGGUCAGGCAAGGGCAGGGAGCAGAUCGUAAAGGAGAGAGAGCGCGAGGAGAGGAGAAAGCUAGCUAAGGCCGUCGCAAAGGAGCUCGAGAGGAGGGAGCGCAGGCGCGCCAGGAAGGCUGAGAGGCAGGCGGGCUUCGAGGCUGCGCCGCCCAGCUACAAGAACUGA